AAUGUCAAAAUUAGAUUUAGAACAGACAUUACAAAGACAAACAAUGUCUUCAUUCAAAUUAAAAUGUCGUAUUUGUUUAAUUGAUCAAAAUCAAAAUCAAUUAUUAUCAUUAUUUUCUAAAAAUGAACAUUUUGAUGACGCAGCUUUAACAAAUGCAGAUUUAAUAAUGGCAUGUUCAUCAGUUCAUAUUGACAUUAAAGAUGGCUUCCCACAACAUUUAUGUUUGACAUGUUAUGAAAAACUAUCAGAACUUUACGAAUUUAAACAAUUAUGUGAAAGUUCUGAUAAAGUUUUACAUGAUUCUAUUCAAAUCGAAGAACCAGAAUCAAUAUCAAUAGAUGUAAAUGUUAAGUACGAAGUUGCACAUCUGGAGCUGGAGUCUGUGUCUGAACAUUUACAUCAAGAUGACGACGAUGAAGAUGAUGCCGAUGACGCGAUUACACCUACAGCACUAGAUGGUUCUGAAGAUGAGACUGAGACUGAGAAUGAUAUUAAAAUGGAAUAUAAUUGUACAACGUGUCCACAACGAUUUAAUGAUGAAAAUGAUUACUUCAAUCAUUUAGACAACUGUCCACCGUUGGCGCUAUCUAAACCAGAACUUCAAAAAGUAAAAACAAAACGUAAAGAAAUUAAAAAUGAUUUAAAAGGAGAAAUUGUACAGGAGGGUGAUGUACAAGAGGAUGCAAUAAGAAUAAAUAAACAAAAUGAUAUGAAUUGUAAGAUUUGUAAUGUAAAUGUUUUAAAUAUGCGUGCGCACAUUAAAUUAAAACAUUCUAAAACUGCAUGUUUGACUUGUUGCACUUUAUUUAAAACAAAUGAACAAUUACAAGAACAUCAAAAAGUAACGCAACAUAAUAAUAAUAAUAAUGAUAACAAUAAUGGUGGUAGGGGUGGUAAUAGUAAUAAUAAACAACAAUGUCCAUUAUGUAAUGAAUAUUUUUAUAAUCUAUUACGUCAUCAUGCUAAAGUACAUAAAACAAAUAAAUGUCCAAUAUGUGAUAAAUCAUUUUUAAUUUAUCGUUAUUUUAUUAAACAUGUGAAGCGACACUCUGUACAGAGUAUGUUACAACAACAACAACAAGUACAGGUACAGAGUGGUAAUGGUAAUGAUGUACAUAUAGUACAAAGUGAUGUAGAUACAACGAUCAAGAAUCUAUGUCCAUAUUGUGGACGUGCGUUUAAAGAAUUGGGUAACUUAAAACAACAUAUACGCAUCCAUACUGGUGAGAAACCAUACGAAUGUGAAUUCUGUCCAAAGAAAUUUGCACAAUGGUCCAGUUUACGUUCACACAGAGUUGUUCAUACUGGUGAAAAGAAUUAUGCAUGUGAAAUAUGUGGAAAAGCAUUUUCACGUUUAGUAACAUUAAAUAAACAUUUAACAUCACAUUCAGAUGAACGUAAAUAUCCAUGCGAGAUCUGUGGUCGAAAAUUUAAACAUUCUAGGAGUGUUAAAGAACAUAUGGUUAUACAUACAGGUAUAAAAUCACAUAAGUGUACAUAUUGUGAUAAAGCAUUUGGUUUUAAAAAGAAUUUAGUUGUACAUUUACGAACCCAUACUGGCAUUAAACCAUAUCAAUGUGAAUUAUGUAAACAAGCAUUUACACAACGACAUUGUUUACGAGCUCAUAUGAAAUCACAUCAUAAACAACAAUUAUAACAACAAUCAGUGCUUCAUUUUGUAUUGUAAAUAUGUAUUUUAUAAAU